UCAACUCUCGAGAAUACGCCAACGGAGCCAUUACUCGGUUUCCGUCAUUUUCCCAUACUUUCCUUAUUCAUUUUCCCUUUUCCAGCUAACUUCUUCCAUCUCUCCAUCUCUUUCUGUAUCUCUCUCGGGUAUAUAAAUGACCCGCCUUUAUUUUAUUUGUUAAAUGAUCCCUACCUAAAUCUCAGAUUUUGAGAAGGUCUGAGCUUUUUUUUUUUUUUUUUGUAAUUAUAAUAUCUGGAGAUAUGGGUGUUGAUCUUGAAUCUCUUUCGGAGGCAACCUCUGGUGCUAUUGGCUCCUUGCUCAGUACGACGAUCUUGUACCCCCUUGAUACCUGUAAGACCAAGUACCAAGCCGAGGUUCGUGCUCAUGGCCAGCGAAAAUACAGGAACCUUUCUGAUGUUCUAUGGGAAGCGCUGUCCAAUGGGCAAUUUCUUUCACUAUAUCAAGGCUUAGGGACAAAAAAUCUGCAGUCUUUCAUUUCACAGUUUGUCUACUUCUAUGGUUACAGCUACUUUAAAAGGCUCUAUCUGGAAAAAAGUGGUUUCAAAAAAAUUGGAACAAGCGCUAACUUGGUUAUUGCUGCUGCUGCUGGUGCUUGCACUGCCAUUGUGACUCAGCCUCUAGAUACGGCCUCCUCAAGGAUGCAGACAAGUGCUUUUGGCAAAUCAAAAGGACUUUGGCAGACAUUGACAGAGGGCACUUGGAGUGAUGCGUUUGAUGGCCUUGGCAUCUCUCUUUUGCUGACCUCAAAUCCUGCAAUUCAGUAUACAGUGUUUGAUCAGCUCAAACAAAGACUUAUCAAGGGAAAAGAAAAUACAGCAGACAAGGGUUCCUCUGUAGAAGCCCUUUCUGCCUUAUCGGCAUUUGUUUUGGGUGCAAUAUCAAAGAGUGCUGCAACGGUUAUUACAUAUCCUGCAAUCAGGUGUAAGGUGAUGAUUCAAGCAGCAGACUCAGACGAAGAUGAAAGUAAGAAAGGCGAGCGUAAAUCCAGUAAAACAUUGCCUGCAGUUGUGCAUGCAAUAUGGAGAAGAGAAGGACUUCUGGGAUUUUUCAAGGGAUUGCAAGCUCAGAUCUUGAAGACUGUACUGAGUUCAGCAUUGCUUUUGAUGAUCAAAGAGAAAAUUUCCAGAAGUACUUGGGUUCUCAUACUUGCAAUCAGAAGGUAUCUACUGCUUUCAAGGGGAAGACUAAAAAGUGCCUGAUAGCAUUAUUUCAAUUGAUGAUGUGCUUUAGUUCUUUGUAAAUAGUGUGGCUUUGUUAGAUGUCAAGAAAUAGAUUUAUGAGAGCCAGGUCAAUUUCUCAAAUCAAUGGCGAAUAAUAAAUACCCGAAACCGAAGGGUAACUGUUACUGAAUCAGAGCUGCAUAUUUUAUCCUUAGGGUAAGAUAUAGACUGAAAGAAAUAAUAUGAUGCGAGAAUUCUUAGUAUACAGAGGGACUGGUUAAUACCUGUAUACACUCUGACUUGCAUUGUUUUUAAUGCAGUUUAAAUUUCAAUUUAUUGUCAUUUGCAGUUGUAAAUUCAAAUGAACAUGUAUUUUGCCUUUUGCGGCAAAUUGCCUUCAAUGGAUUUCAGGGGGAGGUUCCUCUUGGAUGCUUGCAA